UAGAAGACGAAGAGCAAAACACACAUUGGUUGAGCAAUGAAGAGCUAAGCAGUUCCAAUCUUGAGGAUGGAAAUAUCAGAACCACCACUUGUGUCAUUGAUGGAGACCAGCCUUUGUAUCCUGGAGCCAAACUUUCAAAAGGGGAAAGUCUAACUGCACUUCUGGGCUACAUGCUACGCCACCAUGUGACCAAAGCAGGAAGUCAAGAUUUACUGCAUCUGCUGCAGAUGCUUCUCCCUGAAAAUAGUUUACCCUCCACCAACUACCUGUUCAAGCGUGCUUUUGACACAGCCAGCUGGCAGUUACAUCACUAUUGUCUGAAUCCUGACUGUGGGGCUUACAUUGGCAUAUUAGAUGUCGAAAGUGUACUAUGUCCAAUGUGUGAUACAGAAUGCAAAGUAUCAGAACAUCUGAGUAAAGGCUAUUAUUUUAUGUACACCCCCUUGAGAGAUGAAAUUAAAAAUCUUUUUGAAAAUCACAAACUAAAUGAAAAACUAUCACAGACAAACAACUCUGAUUGCAUCCAAGAUAUCAGUGAUGGUACACUGUAUAAGAGAAUUCCAAUGCUGACAGAGCAGGGAAAUAUAUCUUUGACAUGGAAUACAGAUGGUGUCCCAGUGUUUAACUCUUCAAGCUAUUCAAUGUGGCCAAUUCAGUGUACCAUAAAUGAAGUCCCUCCUUCCGAACGAAAAAACUUUGUGUUGGUGCCUGCACUCUGGUUUGGGCAAACCAAGCCAAAAAUGGAAAGCUUUCUUAAACCAUUCAUUGAAGAGUGCAGAUCUUUAGAAUCUGAGGGUGUUGUGUGGCACAACACUUUGACAAAAACUUACGAAUGUUCAAAAGUUGCUGCAAUUCUAUGCAGUGUUGACUCUGUUGCAAGGGCUCCAGUGCAGAAUAUCAACCAGUUUAAUGGGGCACAUGGCUGUAAUUUUUGCACUCAUUCUGGAGAGAGAGUGGAAAAGGGUGAUGGGUUUACCAGGGUCUACCCACUCUCAGUACCCAUUCCAAGUCUGAGAACACAUGAAGGCAUGAUCCAUGAUGCAGAACUGGCCUCUGUAAAUAACCCAGUCAAUGGUGUUAAAGGACCAAGUCUUUUGACCACAUUACAGUGUUUUGACAUGGCAGAAAGUUUUGUUCCAGACUAUUUACAUAGUGUACUUCUUGGAGUAGUGCGGCAAAUAACAGGCUUGUGGUUUGACAACAAAGUGCCAGAAGUAAACGUCAAAAAUCCAUGUGUCUUGAAAGAGAUAGACAAACGUUUGAAAUCAGUCAGGCCACCUAGCGAGAUAACCCGUCUGCCACGAUCUGUAAAAGAACGGCAAAAAUGGAAAGGAAGUGAGUGGAGAACAUUUCUUUUAAUCUCUCCAUUUAUACUGAUGGGUUUAAUCCCGACACAGUAUUUCCACCACUGGAUGCUACUAGCCUUUGCAGUUUAUCUGCUAACUAGUUCACAUAUUUCACAUGUGAACAUCGACAAGGCUCAUAUGGCUCUUUGUGAGUUUGUACUUCUAACCGAGUCUCUGUAUGGAAAGCAAGAAGUGUCUUACAACAUUCAUCUCCUCACCCACUUAGCUGAGAGUGUCAGAAGACAUGGACCUUUGUCCUUGACGUCAACAUUCGUCUUUGAAGGACAUAAUGGUAGACUGCUCAAACUUUUCAAUGGAACACAACAUUUACCAUUGCAAAUAGCUCAAAAUCUAGCAAGACUAAAGGAGCUAAAAAGAUUAACUAGAAUUUACAUUGCAGAAGACUCCCUGGCACAUGAAUACGUUUCAUCAGCACUUCGGGGUUAUUCCUUGUGCAAAAACGUUGCACAGGUCAGUAGCUGCAAUUUUUUUGGUCAUGGUCAGGUGAAGGAGCUACCAAUGUCUCAGCACAUCCUACUACAGGAUUCUGGAAUUCAUACAGAACAAAAUCAAGCCACCUACUUUCAGAGGUUUGUUUGUGAUGGGACACUCUACUCCACUGAUCAGUAUGACUCAAAAUACUCCAGAUGUAAUUCCUUGGUAACCAUUGGCCAACAGGUUGCAAAAAUUGAACACAUCAUUGUUGUUCAAACACAGGCCACCCCCAGACAACCAGUUUUACUGGUAAGGUUAACAAAUCAAAUUCAAGCCUUUCACAAAAAGCGAACAGAGUAUGUUUGCAUGGAUUCUCACAUACUUAAUGUCACAUUCUGUGCAGGCUACAAGGCAGUACUUCCAUCUGAAGUAACAAACAAAUGUAUAGAAAUUGUAAAAAGACCAGAUGGGCUUGUCAUUUUGCCCCUACCAAACACAUAUGAAAGAGAUUAAAAAAUAAGCAGAAUUUGAUUUACUGUAGUAUCUCAGUGUACUAUGUGAGGAGGAGAAAAUUAAUGCUUUGAGAAAAGAAUGUUUAUGGAUUAAUCAUUAGUACAAAUUUAGUAAAAUUGCAAUUGUGUAUGCUUACCCAUCUAUUCAUUAGAAUAACUCAAUAUAAAUAUAUUUCUUGUAUUAACUGCAUAUUUCAAUCUCAGAAUGUGACAAAUGAUAUGUAUAUAUGUAUAAAAAGUACAAAAUGCAAUACAAAUAAACAUUAAUUGAAAAUCACAUGUGUACUUGCUUAUUUAAAAUAAUUACUAACGAGAUUAACAAAUAAUCAGAUUCAGAUUUAUUGUGACAGUAUCUCAAUGCAAAAUGUGACGAGGAGAAAAUGAAUACUUUGGGUAAAUAAUUUAUAUUAUUGCAUCCUUAGUACAAAUAUAAUAAAAAAAAAUAUUCUGUAUAUUUACCCAUGAAUUUUGAGAACUCCAUAUAAAUUUACACAAACCAUUUGCAUCUUUUAUGCAUUGGCUAUAUCUUAAUUGUUGUGUUUUAUUGAUUUUAUAUGAAGAAUUGAAUUGUCAGCAAGUGUCCACAAAGUCACCAAGUCUCA